CUAAAGCGUAAAUUCCGAAGUUCCCCAAAAAGCCUAAAUUCCGAAGGCUGGUAGGCGACCAACAGAGGCCCCCUUGCCGUGCUCUGCUCUACUCAUGGCAGACCAUCGCCUGGGAAGACGCGGGGGAGAAAUUCUGGAGAUCUAAACCCCGGCACGCAGCCAGGGGAACCGGGAGCUACAGGUCGCCAUCAAAUCCACUUCUUGCCGCUUCAGGAAUUGGGGAAUUCUUCUUCCAGUCGCACCUUGAUUUCUUGUGUCGAGUGACAUUUGUGGAGCUGGAGGACAGAGCUUCGCGGCGGCGCCGGCGAAGAUGAGCAGCGGAGACGGUGCUAACAGCAGGAGGGCUGCCUCAGGUGAUGCGGAGGCGGAGCUGCAUUUUGACUUUCUUACCAGCCUUCAGAGUUGCACUGUUCUCCCUUGCUGCCCCUGAAAGCAAUAUCUUGGAUGAAGCAGAGCUGAACUGAGGAAUAUUCACUUGCUCAGUGAUGCUUACCUGCAUGGGAUGAGGAAGCUCAGAGAGUUGCUGCACAAGAGCGACAACCGCAUAUGUGCUGACUGCAGUGCACCUGAUCCCAAAUGGGCAUCCGCUAAUAUUGGAGUAUUCAUAUGCCUAAAAUGCUCUGGUGUUCACAGAAGCCUUGGGACACAUGUUUCAAAGGUUCUGUCAGUCACUCUAGAUCAAUGGACUGAUGAUGAAAUUAACUCAAUGAUAGAAGUUGGUGGAAACUCUUACGCAAAUGCUAUAUAUGAAGCAUUUCUUCCAGAGGGCUAUCACAAACCGCAUCCAGAUUCUACCCAGGAAGAGAGAGCUGAUUUCAUCAGGUCCAAGUAUGAGUCUCAAGAAUUUCUGAAGCCAAGUCUAAGGAUAGUUUCUAGUAAUAGCUCUUUGGAGGCUACCUACUCUCGAAAACAUAUGGACAGCAAUGCUUCACAUUCUGCAAGUUUCAACAGUGAGGCUGGCAUGGUUGAGUUUAUUGGAAUACUAAAAGUUAAAGUAAUAAGAGGGACUAAAUUAGCUGUAAGAGACCUGAUAAGUAGUGACCCCUAUGUUGUACUGACUCUAGGGCAGCAGAAAGCAAAGACAUCAGUGAUUAAACGUAACCUAAAUCCUGUUUGGAAUGAAGAACUUAAGCUGUCAGUUCCUCAGCAAUAUGGACCUCUCAAGCUUCAAGUGUUUGACUAUGACAUGCUAUCGAAGGACGACAAAAUGGGCGAGGCUGAGAUUGACCUGCAGCCGAUGAUCAGUGCAGCGACUGCGUUCGGUGAUGCUGACCUGCUCGCGGACAUGCAGAUCGGCAAGUGGCUCAAGUCCCCGGACAAUGCGCUUGCCAGGGACAGCCCCGUCAAUGUCGUCAAUGGUAAGGUGAAGCAGGAGGUCUCGUUGAAGCUACAGAACGUGGAGUCCGGGGAGGUGGAUCUGGAGCUGGAGUGGAUACCUCUCAAUCAGUAGAACUAGAACAUUCAGUACUUUGCGUGACCUAUCAUAACCAUAAGAAUAAAUUAAUGUGCUUGGAAGUCAUGGCAAACAGUUAAACAAUGACCGUUGGUAUAAAAACUGGUACAAUAUAGUUACAACUGAUUCCAGCUUUGUACCAAUUGUUUCCAAUUCAUAGUUUCCGGUUACAGUAUCA